CAGAGCGAAUAAUUACCUGGAUUCAAAACUUGUGCUACACCUCCUGUUCAUCUUCUUCUUUUCUUUUUCUUUCUUUCUCGACAUCGUCCCCCACAACUCCUGCUUCAUCUACAUCUCUCCUCCCUCCUCCUCCAUCCUUAUACACCAUGUCCCGCCCAUCAUCCCGACCAGGCUCACCAGGCCUAGGUUCCUCUCCUCGCGGUUCGGUCGUCAACCUGCAACAAUACGCGGCCGACGCCAAGAUCAGCAGUCAUCGCGGCGAAGACGUCCAGACCGGGUUGAUUAAUGGGGAGCAGAAGGCUCAGGCGGCGCCUACCAGUGCUGUCCUGCCCAUCUUGGCUUACUGUGGAGCUAGUAUCAUGAUGACCGUCGUCAACAAAUUUGUCGUCUCGGGUACCCACUUUUCGAUGACCUUCCUCCUCCUGACGAUCCAGUCCGUCGUCUGUUGUGGAAGCGUCUACAUCGUCAAGAAGCUCGGUUUCAUCACGUUUAGGGAUUUCGACAUGAAGGACGCCAAGGCUUGGUUCCCCAUCUCGGCACUGUUGGUCUCGGUGAUCUACACGGGUAGCAAGUCGUUGCAAUUCCUCUCGAUCCCCGUCUACACCAUCUUCAAGAACCUGACCAUCAUCCUGAUCGCAUACGGCGAGGUCAUCUGGUUUGGCGGACACGUCACCGGUCUCUCCCUCGUCUCGUUCUUCCUCAUGGUCGGUUCUUCCAUCAUCGCCGCCUGGUCGGACAUUCACAACGCCAUGAUCGCCAAGAACGGAGCUUCCCUCGACCCGACGACGGGUGCCGAGUUGCCCCUCGUCGGUUCGGCCGGUUCCUUGCUCGCCAACCUCAACGUGGGCUACCUGUGGAUGGGGUUGAACUGUCUCUUCUCGGCCGCCUAUGUGCUCGCCAUGCGAAAGAGGAUCAAGGUGACCGGGUUCAAGGAUUGGGACUCGAUGUUUUACAACAACUUGUUGUGCAUCCCGGUGCUCAUCGUCGCCUCGGUCGUCGUCGAGGAUUGGGGUGCGGAGAACUUGAACCUGAACUUCCCGGCUGAAGGUCGUUCGUUCUUGUUGUUCGCCAUGUGCUUCUCGGGUGCCGCCGCCGUCUUCAUCUCGUACACGACCGCUUGGUGCAUCCGAACGACAUCGUCGACCACCUACUCCAUGGUCGGAUCGCUCAACAAGCUCCCCGUCGCCGCCUCGGGCAUGAUCUUUUUCGGCGACCCAGUCAACUUUGGCUCGGUGAGCGCGAUCGGGACCGGUUUCGUCGCCGGAUUGGUCUACACGGUGGCCAAGCAGAACCAGAGCAAGGUGGAAAAGGCAAAGCAGGCCAAGUUGGCCAACAACAAUUACGCCCUGAGGGAAAAGGCAUGAGCGGGCGAGACGAGGUGGGGGCUCUGAGUAGAAGGCUAGGUGUUGCGACGUGAAGGGACAUUGCGAGGGCAAGUGGUCGUGAUGACGAUCAAGAGGGAUGGCAUGCAUGAUGGACGGCGACGUGGAGGACAUGACUCGGUACAGGAUAGACCACGGCGACCUCGGUUCGUUUCCACGUCAUCGAUUCAGCCAUCGUUCUUCGUCGAGGGUGUCGCGGCUGUUUGUUUCUACUCUGUGUGUGUGUGUGUGUGCGUACAUGUGUGCGAUAGAUAGAUGGAUUUGAUAGAUUUCGGUUCGA